AUGGUUGCUAAGCUGACAUACAAGGGCAUUCUGGACACCAUCGGCAACACGCCGACGGUUGAAUUGCAGCGCUUGAGUCCCAAGCCGGAAGUGCGCAUAUUCGCCAAGCUGGAGGGCUCCAAUCCCACCGGCAGCGUCAAAGACCGCAUUGCCCUCAAGAUGAUCGAGAUGGCGGAGGCCGAUGGCGAGCUCGGAGGCUCCCGUACCAUUCUUGAGCCGACCAGCGGCAACACCGGCAUUUCCCUCGCCAUGAUCGGCCGGAUGAAGGGCUACAAGGUCGCCGUGGUGAUGCCGGAGAAUGUUAGCAUUGAGCGGGUCCAGCUGCUUGAGGCCUACGGCGCCGAGAUCAUCUCCUCCGAUGGCACCCGCGGCACCAAUGGUUCCAUCGAGGUGGCCCAGGACCUCAUAGAGAAACGUCCCCACGACUACAUAAUGAUGUACCAGUAUGGGAACAGCGGAAACCCGGGGGCGCAUUACGAGACAACGGGGCCGGAGAUUGUCGAGGCCGUACCCGAUGUGGAGAUGUUCGUUGGCGGCCUGGGCACCGGCGGAACGCUGAUGGGUGUGGCCCGUCGGCUCAAGGAAUACAACCCGGCGGUCAAGAUCGUAGCCGUGGCCCCUGAACCCGAGGACUUCAUCUCAGGGCUGCGCAGCCUCGAGGAUGGAUUCAUCCCGCCGAUUCUGGACAUCAACCUGCUGGACUCCCGCAUGCUGGUGGGAAGCCUUGAGGCUUUCCAGACCACCAAGCGCCUGUUGACCGAAGAGGGCAUCUUCGCAGGCGUGUCCUCCGGAUCGGUCGUCUACGGUGCCAUUCGCCAAGCCGAGCGGAUGGAGCGCGGGUCCAUCGUCUGCUUGCUGGCCGACGGUGGCUGGAAAUACCUGAGCACCGCCUUGUGGACUCGCGACUACGACCAACUGUUUGAGGAAUCCAAAGGCAAGAUAUGGUGGUAA